AGCAGCAUCCAGGACCCCCAGUGGGAGUGAAGCCAGGACCCCAGCAGUAUCCAGGACCCCCAGUGGGAGUGAAGCCAGGACCCCAGCAGCACCUGGGGCCCCCAGUGAAGUGAGGGUUCCUGUAAUAUUGGGGCCCACCUUUCAUAAAAGAGCCACAGACCCUGCAGCACUCAGGGCCCCAGAAGCACCCAGGACCCCCAGUGAAGAGAGGGCACCUGUAAUACCGAUGCCCACCUUUGAUAAAAGAGACCCUGCAGCACCCAGGCCCCCCUAUGAAAGGAAGACCUCUGGUGAGAUCACAGUUGGACUCUUCCCUGAUAAAAGAAACAGUGUCCAUGUAGCCACAGGGGCUUUGGACAUGGCAGCACCCACCAGUGGAAGCGGAGACCAAACCUGUAUAUCAACAGGACCCUCUCAUUGUGGCGCCAGGGCUUCUGUAGCAUCUGGAUUAUCUAAGGAAAGCGGAGUCAGCGCCCCUGUACCAACUGGACCCUAUAGUGAGAGCGGCGACAGAAGCCCUGUAGAAGCGGGUACCUCUGGUGAUGGCGGGGGCAAGGUCCCUGUGGCAGCGGGUACCUCCCUUGUAGAAUAUGUUAAGGAUUACAGAGUUUGCUGCUUUAAUAAAAAAAUAGUUCAGGAUGUGUUGGAAAUGUGCACAGAGUUCAGCAAAGAGGUUGUGGAGAGCCAGCAAUACCUUGGCCAAGAGAGGAGAGAGCAGGAGCUAAAGAACUGUGUUUGGGAUUUCCAAACAUUGUUUCAGGAGAAUGUAAGCAUUAAUGGACAGUCGUGGUACGAGGCUGCAGAAACUCAGGAUGAACCUGACCUUAAACUCUUAGAAGAUAAACUGGAUGACUUAAUUGUAGAGACUACAAGAAAGAGGAAAAAACAUCCUAGAAAAAUUCUUGCUCAUGUAAUCAAAGUAUUAAAGACUGAAAGAGAGAUAUUGGGGCAAUACAAACCUGUUGUAACUCCAGAAGAGUUUAAACUUGAUUCAGGGCUUGUAUCGCGCAUGGGAGAACUUACAGCAACCACGUCCACUGUGUCUAAACAGAUUAGUGACACAAUGAAGGCCCUUCCAGCUCAAAUUGAGAAGGCAAAAGGCUUUUCAGAGGUGCUUAGUAUACAGCCUACCUUGGUGAGCUCUCGAAUGCGCAAAGAAAUCUUCAACUGCCAAGUCAAACUGGACGAUCUGAUAAGGAGCCCUGCAAAGCCUGUAAAACGCUAUCCCACUGAAUCUCCAUCCCAGUCAAAAACCACACCUGUUCUAAAAAGAAAAAGGCCACUAACCCCUCAACAAAAUCUGUACCCAACGCGAUCAAAAAGGAAAAUUAAUCUCGACUCUUGAGAACCUGCAUGUGUGAAACUGUUACAGUAAUAGGUUUGCCUGGCAUGUUUUAAUACCAGCAUGUUCCGUCUUAACCUUGUGUAAUUUAUCUACAAAGUCAUUCAGUACUUAUUCUUUGUAAGCGUUUCACAAAAGUGCAAGGAGAGAUGGUCAACGUGCAAUAAUACGCUUCAGUGAAUGUCUAUAAUCAGAAAAUAAAAACUCUUCAGGUUUGUGGUGACAAUGGGGCGUUGCUGACAUUUCUAUACUAUCUGAAAUCUGACCGGUUAGCGUGUGUAAUAUUGGA